AUGGCUGAAGCGCUUGUGGAGAUUGUGUUGGAACAAUUUGUUUCAAUCAUUCGUCAACAGGGAGAAGUAAGGAUAAGUCUGAUUGCAGGUGCUAAGCAAGAAGUUCAGAACCUUCAAAGCAAUUUCCGGGCAAUUCAAGCUGUGCUGGCUGAUGCUGAGAACCGCCAGGUGAAGGAUAAUAUUGUGAGAGUAUGGUUAGACGAGCUAAAAGACGCGUCUUAUGACAUUGAUGAUGUGUUGGAUGAGUGGAACACCAAGCUUCAGAAAUUGAAGAUUAAGAAAGCUGAAGAUGCUUCUAAUCCUCUAAAAAAGGUAUGUUCCCUCAUUCUUUACUAUCUAAGUUGUAGGCCAUUGAUUCUGCGUCAUGACAUUGCAGUUAAGAUAAAAGGUCUCGAUAGAAAAUUGGAUAUUAUUGCUACUGAGAAAGAGAGGUUCCAGUUUAGAUCAUUUACUAUGAGUAGCAAAAAAGAAGAACGACCAAUGACAACCUCUUUUAUUGAUUUAAAAGAGGUUUGGGGAAGAGAUAACGAUAAGAAUUCACUAGUUGAUUUGCUCUUGAGUCAAAGUAGUCAACAAGUCCUUCCCAUAAUCUCUAUAGUAGGGAUGGGAGGAAUCGGCAAGACAACUCUUGCUCGAUUAGUUUUUAAUGAUGAUAAAGUGAACACCCAUUUUGACAAAAAAAUAUGGGUGUGUGUUUCUGAGCCUUUUGAUGAGCUUAGGAUUGCAAAACUAAUCCUUGAAUCUCUCACAAACAGUCCAUCUCAAUUAGUUGGAUUAGAAACUGUAAUGCAAAGCAUAGCUCAACAAAUUGAAGGAAAGAAGUUUCUUCUUGUCUUAGAUGAUGUAUGGACUGAUAAUCGUAGAAAUUGGGAAAAUUUAAAACAUACUCUCAUGUGUGGAUCUCUAGAAAGUAAAGUUUUAGUAACCACACGUAAGGAGAGUGCUGCAAAUGUCAUUGGGACCACCAACAAAAUCUUAUUAGGAAUACUAUUAGAGGAUGAAUGUUGGUCUUUGUUUAGUCAACUUGCACUUUUUGAAACAACCAAUAAAGAGUUUGAAGAAAUCGGUAAAAGAAUUGUUAAAAAGUGUAAAGGUUUGCCUCUUGCUGUAAAGACUUUAGGUAAUCUUUUGCGUUUUAAAAGAGAAUUUAAAGAAUGGGAAAAUGUUUUAGAGAGUGAAAUUUGGGAAUUAGAAGAGGUAGAACAAGAGGUUUUUCGACCUUUACUAUUAAGUUAUUAUGACUUAUCCCCUACUUUGAAAAAAUGUUUCUCAUAUUGUGCUAUGUUUCCAAAGGAUUAUGAGAUAGACAGGGAACAACUAAUUAAGUUAUGGAUGGCACAAGGUUAUUUAAAGUCAAAAGACUCAAAAAAGGAUAUAGAGUUAGUUGGUGAAGAGUAUUUCAAAUCUUUGGCAAUGCAUUCUUUUUUUCAAGAUUUUCAAAAAGAGGAAUAUGUUAUUGAUAUACGUUCUUGUAAGAUGCAUGAUAUAGUACAUGAUUUUGCUCAAUUUCUUACCCAAAAGGAAUGUUAUACAAUAGAGGUUGAUAGUAGAGGAGAAAUUGAAUUAGAAUCUUCUUAUGAUAAAGUUAGACAUUCAAUGAUAAAGAUUCAAGGAGAGGCCUCAUUUCCUAGCUCUAUUUAUACUAGAAAUACUUUUCUACGUAGCCUUGUGGUUGAUUGUAAUUAUGGUGCUGACCCUAAGAUAGAUUUGUCCAAAUUAGUUGAUCAAUUUACAUGUCUAAGGUCAUUAUUUUUGGAAUUUUGCUCAAUUGAAGAAAUUCCUAUAGAAAUAAAAAAAUUAAUACACUUGAGGUAUCUUGAUUUGUCUGGGAAUAGAAACAUAAGAGAAUUGCCUGAGACAUUGUGUGAGUUAUAUAAUCUACAAACCUUAGACAUAAGGGAAUGUGAAAAUAUCAAAAAACUACCUCAAGGGAUUGGAAACUUAAUCAACUUGAGACAUUUGUUAAAUUUGUGGACUAACAGUAUAAGUUACAUGCCAAAAAGUUUUGAGAGAUUAAUUGGUCUGCGAACAUUCAAAAGAUUUGUUAUAAGUGAGGGCAGUUAUGGUAGCGAAGGAUGUUGUGUUGAAUGUCUAAAAAACUUCAAACACCUUCGAGUAUUUGGAAUAAAAGGGUUGGGAAAUUUGAGAGAUGUGGAUGAGGUUAAGGGAAUAGAAUUAAACAAUAAGAAGAACUUGCGUGAUUUGUAUGUAGACUUUGAGGGGAGGAUGAAUGAGGAGCAAAAUCAGCAACUUCUUCAGGAGUUGCAACCACAUCCAGAUUUGGAGAUAUUAAGGCUUGAUAAUUACAGUGGCAAAACUAUUUUCCCUGAUUGGAUGAUGUCAUUGACCAAAUUGAGAAAGUUAACUAUUUGGGAUUGUGUAGAAUGUGAACAUCUGCCUCCUUUGGGUAAGUUAUCAUCACUUGAAAUUCUUUGGAUAUGGGGAAUGAAGAGUGUGAAAAGAGUGGGUAAUGAGUUUUUGGGAAUCGAGAGUGAUGCCAUGUCAGCAUCUUCAUCAAUGAUUGCGUUUCCCAAACUGAAAUAUCUACGCUUCGGGGACACGAAAGAAUGGGAAGAGUGGAAUUACGGGAGUACAAAGAGAGAAGAUGAAGAUAUUCCAGUCAUGCCAUCUCUUCAGACUUUGGAACUCUAUGACUGCCGCAAAUUGAAGUCUCUGCCAAACCACCUUCAUCAGAUGAGAACGUUGAAGAAGGAAAUAAGUUUUUGUCCUCUUCUCGAAGGAAAUUAG